GAUUUGAAGUUUCAGCGAGGAAACAGGGUCAACACAAAAUGAGGAUCUGGCUGAAAAUUUCCUCCAGUGGCUUAAAGAUUUUGGAUGAGCGGACCGGGAUUGUUCUUCAUGACCACGACAGAUCCAGGAUCAGCUCUGUGACUAAAGACAAGUCGGACCCCCGAGCGCUGGCCUACAUCUACAGACACGAAGACGCGUACAUCCUGUUCUACAUCAAGGCGGGACACCAGGCGGAUCCAAUAAUUUUGGACAUCAUGGAGGUUUGUCGGUGUGUGGAGCAACAGGAGGCUCCUCAGCAACACCAGCCUACGGCAAGCCAAAAUAUUUCUUUAGUGACUCUGACUGACAGUCUGGCUUCUCCAGAGACGGGAGCAGCUCUGGAGAAUGUGUUUAGUCCUCCACCUCAGUCAUCAUCAGGACAAAUAAAGCAGCAGACGUCUUCCAGUAAUGAACUGUUGGAGAUAUUUUCUCCGCCCCUGACAGAUCCUCUGCCUCCCAACAACAUCCCACCUGUCAGCCAGCCAGAGUCUCCACAUCCCGUCCUCUCCACCGCCCAGAUCCUCUCCAUGUUCCCCACCCAGCCACCAGGGGGCUCUCCGUACAUCUCCCCACCAGUGUCUCCCAGUUCAAUGCCCUGGAAUCUGCAGGGGCUUACUGGAAACCAGUGGCCCUCGAUCCCACCCGGGUCCCCGAUCCCACCCGGGUCUCCGUUCCCAGCCGGGCCCUCGGUCCCAGCCGGGCCCUCGGUCUUACCCGGGUCCCCAUUCCCAGCCGGGCCCUCGGUCCCAGCCGGGUCCCCGGUCCCACCCGGGUCCCCAUUCCCACCCGGGUCCCCAUUCCCAGCCGGGUCUCCGUUCCCAGCCGGGCCCUCGGUCCCAGCCGGGCCCUCGGUCCCAGCCGGGCCCUCGAUCCCAGCCGGGUCCCCGUUCCCAGCCGGGCCCCUGGCUGCGGUUACAGCGCCCCCUGCUGCUGUGCUGCCUCCACCCGGGUUCAUGAUGACGGUGAACCCGGCCGCGCCGCCGUUAGUGAACGGAUACCAGAACGCCCCACACCCCGCGUACCCCCCUGCUCUGGACAACAACCCACUGCUCUGAUGAACCAGCGAGGACUGGAACGGCUGAAUUUAUGUCUCCAAAUAUUUAGCUUGAUUAAUAAUGGAGACGAUUCAACACUUUAAUGAACUACUACUAAAUUAACACUUUCCAUCUGGAAAACACAAUUCCUUAUAAAAAAGUUAACUGAAAGUUAUCAGAAAAUGAUUAAUCUGUGAUAUAGAGAUCAUUUAAUGCAAACCACAUCUUGUAUUCUACUUAUUUUCUGUUUUUGCUGAUUUUAAAACUCUUUAUCACUGAUAUGUUUUUUCUUUAAAUUCAGGA